AUGUCUAGUCGUACUGAAAGACUGCUUCUGCUUGAAAUGGCCUUGACCGCCAGUGGUAGACGUAACUACACUGAUCCUGACGAGGACGGUGAACGCAGCGGCAAUGUACGACACAGCGACAAUCCUACAGACAUCAGUCAUCUUGUUCCUCCACAAUCUGGUGGAAAGCAUAGACUUUGGAUAACUGACAGAAUUCUGGAACCUCAAACGAUUCCCCAUUUUAUCGAAUUUCUUAUGCAUGGCUGUCUUCCUGGUGAUCUCAAGGCAUCUCGGCCACUACUCACCGUUGAAGAGGCCAGAAACAUGGAUAAACCAUUCCCUGAAUGGGCGCCGGCACCAUUCAAUGUCGAACAAAGAUCGACUACUGAACGGAUUGGGGUCCGUAUCGGCUCACACGAGGAUUCGUCGCGCCUUUGGUUGAUUGCCAAGGAGCUCCAUGCCAUGAAAUCGAGAUUGUGGGAGGGUAUACCACCUCUUUCUGAAAGACGAUGGAACGAGUUGCAGCUAGACGAUCCCAAGAAUUUCGCAGCUGCUUGCCAGUAUUUUGUCGCUGUUAUAGAUGUCUUCGCCUAUCUCAACCAUCCACGAACAAAGAAUGCUCUACGAACAACCUACAACCUGAUUUGGAAUCAUCUGAGAGUCUUUGAACAGGCUGUUAACGCGAAGCGAAGAGAGGAAAACGAGGUUUAUGAAGAAGUCUCAGUCACUGGUCUUUGGUACCAGUACAUCAGGGCGCAUUACGAUUGCAUCUGCGACAGUGCUCACCAAUGGGUCAUUGAGCAUAUCGAUCGUAUCCAAGAACCACUGGUACUUGAGCUUGGUAAUCAUAAAUCUACCAACCCUAUUGAUGUUGAUGCUAGGCAGAAGGAGAUAACAGACAAGAUAGACGAUCUGGGCCAAAACACAAUGGAUGCGGACUACAUAAUCUUUAUGCCGACAGACGGUUACAAGGGCGACAGUCUUCCAUCCAAAGAGCGUGAGCAGGUAACAGCAGCUCAUAGACACCCGUUUCGCAAGGACCCCAUAUCGUGGUCCGCCAAUAUUAACUGGCGAGAACGAGAUUACAGCGGACGGAUACGGUAUCUUCAGACAAAAGAGAUGUAUAAUCACUAUGAGCGCGAGGACCUAUUAUUUGAACCUACUAUCAACGAUCCCCAGGUCCUGCUCAUCGGGUGCAUCAGCGGGAUCGAUGCGCAGACAACAGCCCGGUAUGAACUGAGGGGUCCUCCGGAGCCUACAAUGGAUCGCUGGAUUGAAUACGCCCAGCGGCCGGUAUUUCGUGUCAACGGCUUUGCCGCCUUUCGUUUCUGCCACAAGCACGAUGACAAGAAGUGGAAUGAGUUUAAAACUAAGUUCGAAGUCGAUAUCGCUGAUUGGGGACUGGGAAACAAAGAUAUCAACGAUGUGCGGAAAGGUUGCAAGAUCCACUGGAUUGAUGAAAAGGUGGACAGUAUAAAGGAUGCUAAAAGGAAAUUCCACAGCGUCCUCUCGGAUCUCCCUGUCCACCAUCGAAUGUUCUUAGCCAUAGACGAGGCUACUAUACAAUCUUACCUCGAGCCAAACGCCUCCAAGUUCGUCCUUGCCGUUGACGCACAAUAUCGAUCAGUGGAAGAGGGACAAGAAGACAACGAGCCUCCCAAUGAACAAGAACAUGAGACUCCCGGCUACGAUGGAACGAUGCGAAUUUUGGGCAGCCUCUUAUGGGACGAACUGGGUGCAAUGCAAACCACUCAGGGUGUAUUACUCAAGCAUCUAUGGCCUUAUGCGAUGAGCGAUGUUGAAAAGGUCUACAGAGGGUACAAGCCUGGGACUGUGUUGAAACUUUCGAGUUAUGAGGAAACGAUGGCUUGGGAGGUUCUUAAUGCUCUUCUGCCUUUUGUUCUCAAGUUGGCGGAGAGAAGGGAUAGAUCACGGCGUGCAAACCCACGACCUUCGGCAGCGCGGUAG